AUGGCGUCCUAUCUCUUGUCUCAGUUUUUGGAGCGCGUGGGCGAGCUGCCUGGCGAAUUGGAUCGCAAGUAUUCAGACUUACGAACUCUGGACCAGGACGUGCAGAGUUUGCUCGUCGAGAUUGAUCAGGGCUGCAAUCAGCUCCUGCAGGACCUCGGCAAAGUGACGGGCCCAGAGCGCAUGCGUCGUCUACGGCACUUGCGGAGUCAAUUUGAAGAUGCCCUGGACAUGAGCGACCGCAAAAUCGCCCUGGCCGUUGACAGCUAUGAAACAGUGGACAAGCACAUCCGGGAUCUCGAUGGUGACCUGAGCAAAAUGGAUGCCAAUCAGGCUCUUACCGAAGGUGCCCAGGCCGUCGCACAGAAGAAGGAGGAAAUGGCCAUUGACCCUAACGAGCCACGUUAUUGCAUCUGCAACCAGGUUUCCUUUGGAGAGAUGAUUGGAUGCGAUAACGAAGAUUGCCCGCAUGAGUGGUUCCACUACGCCUGUGUCGGCCUCACCGAAAAGCCCAAAGGCAGCAAAUGGUACUGUCCCAACUGCCGGGGCCAUAUGGCCUCCAAACGUCGCAAAAAGUGA